AUGGAGCUCGUCAUUUGUCUCUUAAUCCUCGUUAUUCUCAUGCCUAAUCUUUCUUCCUUGGCUGAGAAAAACGACGUAGGGACAUAUAUCGUUUAUGUGAACAAGCCAGAGAGUUUAACGACAAUGGCAACAGAGGAAUUACACGACUGGUACCAAUCAUUUUUGCCAGUUAUGAGCAUGGAAGACGAAACUAGUUCAGCCCAGAAGCCAAGCAUGGUGUACUCAUACAGACAUGUUCCUGGAUUUGCGUUGAGGUUGACUUCUGAGCAAGUCAAAGCCAUGGAGAACAAUGAUGGAAUUGUGUCUGUUCGUGAAGAGAGGACUUUCACUUUGCAAACAACUCACAGUCCUCAAUUCUUGGGGCUGAACAAGGACAACGGUUUCUGGAAGGACUCCAACUUCGGACAAGGUGUGAUCAUCGGAGUUCUUGAUUCCGGUAUAGUGUCGGGCCAUCUUUCUUUCGAUGAUAACGAAAUGCCGUCUUCGCCGGCGAGGUGGAAAGGCAUGUGCGAGCCGAUCAAUGGCACUGACAUCUGCGACAAUAAGAUCAUCGGCUUCAGAAGCUUCAACAGCUCCCGAAAAGGAGGACCAAUGUCGUCUUCGUUGUCGUCACAAGAAGAAUUUGGUCAUGGCACGCACACUGCAAGCACGGCGGCAGGGGCCUUCGUGGGGGGCGCCACAGUGCUGGGAAACGCCAACGGCACGGCCUCAGGAAUGGCGCCCCGAGCUCACCUAGCAGUUUACCAAGUCUGCGGCGGCACGGUCGGCUGCUUAGAGAGCGAUGUCUUGGCGGGGUUUGAUGCCGCGGUGGACGAUGUCGUCGACGUCAUCUCCAUCUCACUCGCUGGCUGUGGUUCACGUGCUCUGUACCACGACGCUAUUGCAAUAGGCUCUUUCAGCGCAAUGAAGAGAGGGAUAUUCGUUAGCUGCGCAGCAGGCAAUAGUGGUCCGUACAACUACACUGUCUCCAACGACGCUCCUUGGAUGCUCACAGUCGGAGGUAGCACCAUGGACAGAAGCAUAAGAGCCGGUUUAAAGCUUGGAAAUGGGGUCGAAAUCCACGGGGAAUCGAUCUUUCGGACUAACACUUUCGACUCCAAAAAAUCGCUACCUCUUUUUUAUCCAGGCGGGAGCAAUUCUAAUUACUGGCCUGAACGGUGCGCCAGUGGAACUCUAAACAGGACGGGUGAAGUUGACGUGAUGGGGAAAAUAGUAUUGUGCCAAAGAUCAAGAGAAGUGAGGAGAUUAGAGCAAGAAAAUGAAGUAAAAGAUACAGGUGGAAUCGCAAUGAUACUUAUGAACCAAGAGCUCGACGGGUUCAGCACAAUGGCUGAAGCUCAUUCCCUUCCUGUAGUCCACGUGAGUCUCUCAGAAGCUUCCAAGCUCAUAACAUACAUAAACUCAACCUCAAACCCUGAGGCAAAGCUAACAUUCAAAGGCACUUCAAUAGUGGAAAAAUCUUCUGCUCCCAUGGGGGCUUCAUUUUCUUCCAGAGGGCCGAGCUCUGCGAGUCCCGGGAUACUUAAACCCGACGUUAUCGGUCCCGGAGUGAGCAUACUAGCGGCUUGGCCAAUCUCUCUCGACAAGAAGCACACAAUCUCAUCGUUCAAUGUCAUUUCCGGGACGUCCAUGUCAUGCCCUCAUUUGAGCGGCAUCGCUGCUCUCCUCAAGAGCUCUCACCUCGAUUGGUCUCCGGCGGCAAUCAAGUCUGCAAUCAUGACGACGGCUGAUCCGUUAAACCGGCAAGGCCAGCCGAUCCCUGACGAGAAACUCAACUUCGCCAACGUCUUGGCCAUCGGCGCAGGCCAUGUUAGCCCCACUAGAGCUAAUGAUCAGGGACUUGUGUACGACAUAAAACCUGAAGACUAUGAUUCUUACGUGUGCGGCCUAAAUUUCACAGAUAGAAACGUGGGGAUUUUCUUGCAGAGGAAAGUGAACUGUUCGGACAGGAAGAAAAUUGCUCAAGAGGACUUGAAUUAUCCUUCAUUUUCUGUUUUGUUUAAGUUUGAUGGUUCUCAAAAGAUCACUUUCAAGAGGGUUUUGACUAAUGUUGGACAAGCUCAUUCGACUUACACUGUCAAGAUUGAUCAACCUGAAGGAGUGAGGGUUGUUGUGAAGCCUGAGAAGUUGGAUUUCACUAAAUUGAAACAAGAGGCAAGUUUUUCGGUGACUUUCGUUAGAAGCAAGUUUUAUGUUUCUAAGCUUGCUUAUGAGCAUGCAGAAGGAUCCUUGGAAUGGGUAUCUGAUCAUAAGCGGUACUCUGUUAGAAGUCCCAUAUCUAUCAUGUUUUCUAUUCGAGAGAUAUUACUAUUAGCUAAUAAUAUUAUUUACGUACUAGACAUGGAUUCUGAUUGUUUUGGAGUUUGUUAUGAUUGA